AUGAAAUCCGAGAGCCUGCGUGUGUUUACAUUCCCCACUAUCCGCUCCUCCAUCUCCCUCAGACACUGCCUGAUGCAGUCCAUCAAGCACAUCCAGAUGUUGAGAGAACAGCUGCUGGCUGCAGGGAAGAAGAUCAGUUACCAGAGCCGAGUGAAGGACGAGCCCGCCUACUACUGCAACGACUGUGACCUGGAGGUGUACGACCUGCUGCUGGUGACCAGUGAGAACAGCACUAAGAAGAGCUACGUGGUGCACUGUGAGGACUGUGCCCGAGCCAAGAGCCCGUCGCUGGGGGGGGUCGUGGUGCUGGAGCAGUAUCGAAUAGAGGAGCUGACGAAAAUCUAUGACGCCUUCACACUGGCUCCAUCACCUGUUUCCAAGUGAGGACUCCUCCCUAACGUCUUUCAGCCAUAAA